ACGGCUCCGGGCUCGACUCACAUAGCAGAUCGGGGAGGGGCGCUGGGGCGUAUGCGGGCAAGUCUGGAAGCGGGCAAAGAGUGUAGCACGGUGGCAGGGCCUUGAGAGUCUUUGUGGUGUUUGGUGGCAGCAGAGGCCUUUGUGGAUGACGGUUGCCGGCUUGGGGUCUCAGAGAGGCUGGAAGGAAAUGGAAGGUAGUGGAGCCGCAAGAGCAGCGGCAGACGGAUCAGAUGAAUCAGCGAUCAGAGGGCACAGGCUGCAGGGCCGCCAUGUUGUGGGAGUGGGAGCAGCGCGUACAGUAGGGCAGCAAGACGGUGACCCUGUCAUGUACCAGCGUCUUCGGGCUGGGACAAAGGCGUGCAGUCGAAGGAGCACCGCCUGUCAUGAGCUGAGACGACGUCGUUGGCCGUUGGGAGCAAGGGGGGCAGAUGGGGGGCAGAGGAAGCGGGGCAGUCCAUCCCUACUGCUUUUACUUUUACACUACUACGUACCUACCCUACCUAUCUACUUUACAUAGACCUACAC